AUGGGUAACUGUUCGUCCAAAAGAAUCCAACCGCAUGAUAGUGAAUUGUCAUGCAUUCAUUCCAACUUAGAUUCCCCAGGCAGCAGAAAAUCCUCCUUCAAAUUUAAGUCACUGUUAAUAAGAAGAGAAAAGGAAGAAUGGAAUUGCGAAGACGGGGACACAUCCACAAUUGCAGCCACAGAAGACGGCACAGAUGAGGAGGGUGCUGCCUCGUCUGAGGGGGUUGCUGUCUCGUCUGAAGAGGGUGCUGUCUCACCUUCUUCAUCAAAUUAUGCCUCUGGAAACAGUCCAGAACGUCAACAAGCCAAAGACAGAUUCGAUGCCAGCGGGGGUCAUCUGAUUAUAAAUUCUACAGGAGUAAGCCUCUUCAUCCCACCUAACGCUAUUGAUGAUGGUCGAACUGAAGAAAUCACUCUCACCAUAACCCAUAAAACGUGCUACCAACCCCAGUUAUCGGAAAAAGAAAGUGUUAUUAGCCCUGUUAUCAUUUGUGGACCGCCUGGUUUGAAAUUCAAUAAACAAGUUGUAUUGACGUACCCCCACUGUGUUAGCCUCAGGGGUGAUAAGUGGCAAAUGAAACCGCUCAUCUGCGACACUGCUCCAGAUGUUCCGACACAUUACGACGAUCUCCGAGACGACGCGAAUGCACUGUGUUUUUUUGAUGAGCAACGUUGCACAAUACUAGUGGACCAUUUCACUGGCUAUACAACAUCCGGGGAACCAACGACAUGUGGAGGUUCAUCUGAACCUAUCAAAAUUAUGAACAUCAUGGUAUUCUCUUCUCUGGAAGAGGAUGGUAUUUUGAAGUUGAGGAUCCACGUCAUCAAUAAAACCGAUGACGCAAUACAGAAUGUGAUCGAAGAAGAACGUACAAUGAAAGGCAAGCUGACUCAUGGAAAUAAACCCCUUCUGCUGAAAACGAAUCGCAAAAGUGUCCAAGUAAAGAUUGGUAAUAUAAUCCCAGUUUGGCAUGUGUAUCCAGAUUACAUUCAGGUGCUAUCAUAUAGUAAUAUGUUCCAAGGAGGAGGUGAGAAGUGCACAUUUAUUAUCAGUAAGGACAAGGACGCGCAAAGUGAUGAAACUCGAUUCGACUGUGUUAUUGAAAUGGGACAAGUUGACAACCAACCAGAGGAAAACAUUACCUUGGUUAUUUCAGAAGCCAUACAGUGCAGACCAAUACAGGACAAAGAUUCACUAGAAAGGGCAGUAUUUGCAACUUCGUCCAAAACCACAGCAGCAUUUAAAUUCAGCGAAGUUAAACAACUGGAAGCUCUUGACAUUGAAAACGACGUCGGAACUGACUGGCGAUUAUUUGCGGAAAAAAUACUGAAUCUGACAUUUGCAGAAAUUUCACAAAUUCAACAUAAAUCCAAGAGUCCUAUGUCCACCUUGAUUUCCAUAUGGGAGUCUAGGCACAUCAAUCCAUCGAUGGACGAUUUUGCACAACUCCACAAAUUCUUCUCAGAUAAUCAAAUGGGUGUAGCCGGAGUCAUCAUGGAUCACGUGAGAGAGCAUUUUGGUGUAGAUGCAUGUGACAGCCUGCUUGCUGGAAUCGCGCCAUCACAGGCAGCUAUCGACCAAUCUUUUCGGAUUUCUGCAGAUGUUCGUCGUCGUAACAAAGCAGUCGGCUUUAAAUUAAAAGGUGAUGUACAAAGUAUCUCAACUGGUGAUUCGGGUUUCACAUCGUCGGCUCUGAACUGA